AUGGCGCUCUUAGUAGACAAGCAUAGACCACGCAAUCUUGAGGCGCUCAGUUACCAUCCCGAGCUUUCAGAUCGUCUCCGAGCUCUUGCACAAAGCGGCGACUUCCCACAUCUGCUCGUAUACGGUCCUUCCGGCGCAGGAAAGAAGACGCGCAUAGUCGCCACACUCAAAGAGCUUUACGGCCCCGGUGUCGAAAAGAUCAAGAUCGACGCGCGCGUCUUCCAGACUACCACGAACCGCAAACUCGAAUUCAACAUCGUCGCUUCCGUAUACCACCUCGAAAUCACACCUUCAGAUGUCGGAAACUACGACAGAGUGGUCGUCCAAGACCUGCUCAAGGAAGUUGCACAGACACAACAGGUCGACUUGGGCGCAAAGCAGCGCUUCAAGGUCGUAGUGAUCAAUGAGGCAGAUCAUCUGACAAGAGAUGCGCAGGCGGCGCUGAGACGUACCAUGGAGAAGUACAGUCCCAACUUGCGAUUGAUCUUGCUCGCCAACUCCACGAGCAACAUCAUCGCGCCCAUCAGGAGUCGAACGCUUCUUGUGAGGGUUUCAGCGCCUACAGAGACCGAGAUCUGCAGCGUGUUGAGCAAAGUGGGCAAGAAGGAAGGAUGGAAGGAUGUCGAGAGUCUGAACCAGAGGAUAGCGAAGGACAGCGGGCGAAACCUGAGGAAAGCGCUGUUGAUGUUCGAAGCAGUGCACGCUCAGAACGAGAAAAUCACCGACCAGACGCACAUCCCACCGCCUGACUGGGAGGCACUCAUCCAGCAAAUCGCCCGCCAAAUCGUCGAAGAGCGAUCUCCUCAACGCCUCCUGCAAGUCCGCGCGUCACUCUACGAUCUGCUAUCGCAUUGCAUCGACUCUACAACCAUCAUAAAAACACUCACCUGGAAACUCAUACCAAUGACCGAAGAUGCGCUGAAGCCAGAGGUUAUCAAGUGGGCGGCGUUUUACGAGCACAGGUGCAAGAUGGGCGCCAAACAGAUCUUCCAUCUGGAGGCUUUCGUCGCAAAGUACAUGAGAUUGUACGAAAGCUACGCCAUGGGCAUCGAUUUCGAUUCGUCAUAG